UUGUCAUGCGUACUAAUAUUCAAAUCAAACAGGUUCCCGUUCAACCAGAUUUACAAUAUUUAACUAAAAAGAUAAGGAUUAGAUGAGUUUGACCGGUUGUAAUAACAUAUAUUGAGACCUUGCAAAUAUAAAAAAAACAAUUAUCCAUAAUGUAACAGUUUUAAUAUAUCUUAGAAAAUAUAUGAAUUGUUAAAGUUCAGGCAGAUGUCACCGACAUAGCAGCUUGGAUGCUGACUAAUUUGUAUGAUUGAUUUCAUAUUUCUGUAGAAAUUUGAUCUCUGAAAAAUGUGUAUUGCUUUAAAAUGAUGUCCUUCAUGACUAAAAAGAAGCGAUUUAAGUUUCAAGUUGAUUUCGGUUUACAGGAGUUAUCAUCAGUACCCUUUGUUAGUGGAAUACUGUAUGCUAAAGUGCGUUUAAUUGACGGAGGAAACUUUUUAACUCAAUCUGAGAGGGAAGAAGUUAACAACCAUAGUGUAUUGUGGAAAUCCAAAUUUAGUUUCCAGUGUAAAAUUACAGCCAAUGCAAACACAGGGUAUUUAGACCCAUGUAUGUGUAGAAUAUCUGUUCGAAGGGAACUCAAAGGAGGGAAAGCAUCUCAUAAAUUAGGUUUUGUAGAUAUAAAUCUGUCAGAGUUUGCUGGAUCAGGGAAACAGUCACGAAAAUUCUUGUUGGAAGGUUAUGAUACCAAACAUCGACAAGACAACUCUACUGUGGAAAUAAUGAUAGAUAUGAGAUUGGUAUCAGGAGAUCCAAUAUAUAAAGUUCCUACAAAACCACAUACAGUGCCAGGGGAUGUAACUGCAGCAGAUUAUCCUGAACCACACCCAGCAGGACCUCUAGAUGAUCAUAGUGAAUCCUCUAGUGGUUUUGGAAGUCUAACACGCAAAGAAAAGACAAAUACAGACAAUUUAGAAUUAGACCAUGGUCCAGAAUUCAUAAAAGGCCAUUCUCGGAAUGAUAGCUAUGCAAGUCAGCAAUCUCGUGGGUCAACAGGGUAUUCCUCACAACAGCAUAGUAGGCAGUCUAGCCUAGGAAAUGAUAAUCCUACACAUACAAGAAGUCCCAGUGCUGGUUCAGCUUUACAGUAUGAUCUCAAGAGGGGAAAGGUAAAGGAUGAUUCUAUUAAAGUUCGGAGAGUAGAUGAUACAAGGGUAGAUGCAGAAGAUCUUGUGAAUGAACUUCUUAGUUCUGCUGAUUUUGGUUUGAAAGAUCAAAGUGAAUCUUCAGGGUUAGAGCUAAUAGUUGACAAAGAUGGAACUACAGCACUUCGAUAACAUCAAAGACCUAUUAUGUUAAAAAUUUGUCUCAUAGAAAUACUUGUGUUAUAUUGAACCAGUAUCAUAUAUUCCAAUGUAGCAUCAACAAAUUCUAUUUAUCUGAACCAUCAAGGACAUCAUAAAUAACAUGCCAUUACUCCAAUGACAUUUUUUCUCAUCUGUAACAGCACAGACUUCAUACAAAAAAAAGGGCGUAAAAAAUUAUAGGAAUAAAAGGAGAACAAAUAUAUUUUUAGUCCAUAUUUCAUGUCAAAAUUACUGACAGAAAAUAAGAUUAAGUGUAUAAACACUAUUGUUACAACAUAUAGGAAUAAUUAUCUUAACUGCAUUGUGCUGUUACAUUAUGACAAAAGAAUGGACAUUUAUAUAUUGAAAACAAAAUCUUGUUUUUCUAUUGCAGUGGCAAAAAAGGCACUAGAUAUUGGAAAUUAAUUAUAUUGCUACUUACAACAAGAACUUUGAAGAGAUGUCAGUAAACUCUUACAUGUCUCAUUUACUUAUCAUGACAUUAAAUUGUUGUUUUUUUUACAUUGAUUAAUCAUGAAGCAUCAAGAAAAUCUCACAUUUUGUUGAGGAAUAUACUUAGAAAUCAUGUCCCAAGACACCAAUAUUUUUUUAUAGGGCUUUGGUAUUAUUUUGUGAGGUUAAUUCAAGCAUGAGGUUUCACAUAAAGAGGUAUAGGUUGGACUACAUGACUCAAACCAUUUCUUAAUAACAACCUUGUUAUGGCAACAUUUUAUUUUGAAGGCAUUUAUAUGAUGAUAAUAGGAGAGUAUUACUCUCUGAAAUAGUGAUUUAAAGCUGUCAGUUGCUGAUUAACAUGAUCCUUGAUUUAAUAGACGCAUCAAUACACUCCCAUCUUGACAUCUAAACUGGUACUCAUUAUCUAGGAUGGUUAACUCAUACAUCAAUCUAUGAGAAGGAUCAUUUGAGAUAAACUCUGCCUAAUUCCAGGACUGUUUUCUGAAUUGAACUAAAUGUUUAUAUGACUAAUAUACAUAUCUGUUAUUUAAGUACAAAUCUUUGCCUAGCUAGAUUUACAGUAGAAUUUGAAAAAUACUAAAGGGCCUUUAUUUAUCUGAUGUGCAGAUUAACAAAAGUUAUCUUAGACAUCAUAGCUUAAAUAUUUUUUUUUCAAUUCAGCUGGCCUAUAGGGACAUUGUAAGCUUUUGCCCUCUGAAAUCUGUAUUCUUACACCAAAUCUCUGAAGCUACUUGGCCAAUUAGAUUAAACUAGGUAAUGACAUUAAAGUAGCAUGACCUCCAUUACUAAAAAAGAACAAUAAAAAAUGUACAAUUGUAACAAAUUCCAUACUUUUAAUUAAUGAUCUUUUUAAAAGAAUUGUGGUUGAUCAUCCUAACCAACAUGUUACAUACCCAAAGAAAUUAUAACAAAAUUCAGAAAAAAAUACUUAUAAAGAUAUUAAAGUUCCUACCAAAGAUUUGGUAAUUGAUAAAUUUAUGGUCCUUUGUUGAUGACCACAAACUACCAUUAAGCUAGGGCCACCAAUGUAGGAAAAUUAGAAAAUAUAUCAGAAAAUUCAAUAACAAAAAAUCCUAAGAUCCUGCUAAGAUGUAAUUGCAAGGUGACAUCCAUUAAAUGCUGCACUAAUGGUCCUUUUAAAGAACUAGGGUUGAUCAUCCCAAAAUUCAUUAAUCCAGGCAGUUACCGUACCAUAAAAAUAAAUUUGAGAGACAAUUUUGAAAAAAGAAUCAAAUUCCACAUCAAGGACCAUUGAGAACAAAUGAAGUACUUGAUUCUCUAUAAGAACUAUUUCUAAAGACCCCAACUGCUACAAUGAUCGAUUUAGUAAAAUGAUAAGACCCAGCUGUGGUUCACCUACUUCAGAUCAUGACAAGUGAUCACUAAGAAGGGUUCAAGUUUUACAAUGAUGGGUUUUACUCCCAUAUAAAUGCAUAUGGUGGAGUUUGUCAGUGACUUGUCAGUUACCCAUAAACAUUCAUACACCUUUUCUGCUUGUUGUUCUAUACAUGCCUUUAAAGUAAAAUGAUAAUGGUUGUGUGUAAUAACCAUUAUUUGACAGAAUCAUGUCUCCGUACAUAAGAUGGUUCAAUUUUUUUAUUUAUAUUUAUGUAUAUAAUUUAUUUAUUAUUAUAAGUGCUUAUUGUUUAAAGAUAGAUGUAUAUAGUUAAUAAACAAGAGUUGUGAAUUACAUCAUUGUAUUUGCUCAUUAACAAUGUCCAUUCUGUACAAAUCAAGUGAAGAAAAGUUUAGAUAAAUUUGUGGGUAUUAUUUUUAUCAAUAUUAAUUUAUGUAAUAAUAGUCUGUGAUUAAUUUAUACUUUUCAUUAAUUAUGUUGUCUUCUAUAGAAUAAUUCUGAACCUUUCUGACUGAUGAGUUGCCAUAGAAACAUUAACCAAGUGCAUUUAUCAGUAUUAUAUCUGAAUGAGAUUAUAUCAUAUAAGUAUUGUACUUUUAUUUAUCCAGUAUUUUGUUACAAUUAUGAAUUUACAAUGAGGUAUGCUUCCAUUACUGCUUCCUCUAGAAUUAUGUUACCUAGGUUACUAUUGUAAAGUUUUAUAUAUGAUCUCAUAUAUGUGGGCACUUUCAAUUCAGAAAUAAAUGUGCAUUUAGUCAUGUAAAUUUUAUUAAAAAAAUCAUUUAAUUUAAACCAAGGAAUUUUAGUAUAGAAAUGUAUAUGCUGAAACUUUAAAUAUCUAAUUCUCUUAUUUUGAUAGGAAAACAAGUCAAUAGCAUAAAUAAAUCCUUGCAAUUACCCGGUAGACUUGAUUACAUGAAAACAGUCUCCCAACACUAGAAAAUAUAAUACAAGCUUCAGAUAAUUAAAUGGUUUUACUCUUAUUCAGAAAGAUGGCUUAUCAAAAAGGAAGACAAUAUUAAACUAUAAUUCCAUGUUUCAGAUUAUUUUAUUUUUUUUAUAUUUAAAUUGUCUUCUUGCUGUGAAAGAAAAAUGUGUAGUUAACAGAUAUUUUACAAAAAUGCCAAUUAUUAACCCAGAUAGUCAGUCACAUUACCUUUAGUAGCCGAUAGAAAUUAUAUAAGGAAAACUUUUAAGAAAAUAUUGAUUUUUUUUUUAUUAUCUUUUUAGAAAUAGAAAGUAUAAAUGCUGAAAAUAUCUGGUAUUUAUAGAUUUUUGAAUUCUGAUUGGUCCUCUUUAUACACAAAAGAAAUUAAAUAUUAAUAGUAUUUAUAAGUGGAUGAUUUUGUAACAAUAGUUUAUGUGUUAUAUUGCUUGUUUAUGUAUUGUUAGUGUGUUCUUGCUCAGUAGUAAUUGAUAGAAUUUUGUAUAGGCCAAGCAAAGAUUCUUCCAAACACACAACAGUUUUUACAAGGUCAUCUGGUGGAAUGUCUAUAGGAGCUUUUUUAUCACUUGCCUCUGUCACAGGGAAAUGAUCAGCAUAUCAAGAUCUACAAAUAAAGCACAUGACAAAUACUAUCAAAUUGACUGUUUAUUUGAAAUAUUGCCCUUAAAGGACAAUUUUAUCCUAUUUGUAUUUUUGUUUCAAAAUCUUUGCCUAAAAAUAUAUUUAAAAACUCUGAAUCAACUGAACCAAAUUAAAAACAAACUUUAUCUGAAUGAUCCUUUGUUUAAAUUUUAGGUCUUAAAUUUCAUUUGAUCUUUCGACCAACAUAGCUGCCAAGACUAAAAAAGAAUAAUGAUGGUUUGUUUUUUAAAAAGCCAGAAUUUAGCUUUGUUUGGCCUAACUGAGGGAAUUUUUAGUAUAUUUUUUAUGCAGUUUAAACAUUGUUGUGCCUUGUUUACUCUUUACUGCUGGAUGCAGUUGUUUAUGUCCAAAAUGUAAUUUUAGAUAAGACAAGUUUGACAACUUUGUUAAAAAAUUCUUAUAGUAAUGAAUUGCCAACAUAGCUGUAUGUUUAACUGCCAUUUUAUUACCUUGAAUUUGAACUUGUUAUUUCAUGAUUGGCUGGCUAUAAUAUAUACAGACUGUUCUGCUACACUUAAUAUUAAAUAAUUGUAUGUGUAGUCAGUUUCUAUUUACCUGAAAAUAGUAUCCAAAGGUAUAUUGACACUGUUAAACUGCAUUAAAUUUGUCAUUUUUGCAGGGUACCAACUUGGAAUGUUGCAUAUUUAAUUGGUCAUUAUUAUACGAUUGUAUUCAGAUAUAACAAAAGGAUUUUGUUACAGAUAUGGAAAGUAACAUUGGGUAAAUAUAUAAACAUGUAUGUGUAUUUGUUAAUUGUUGAAGACUUACUAUGCCCCAAAUUCCUCUUCAUAUAAAGAGUUUUUUAAUACAUUUGAUUGAAACUACUUUUUUCAAGAUCAUAUGUAAUUGUUUUUUUACUAGUACACCAUAGCAUAGGCCAAUAGUCAAGAUCAAAUAUUUCUCAGUAACUUAAGAUUGGUCUGUUUUUAAUAUAAAUACAUAUCUUUGAUUAGGAAAGAGAUCCUGUAAGCUUGUUCUUCAUGCUCCUUGGUAAAUUAAUGUGCAGGGCUUAAGCUUUAUUAUUGCUGUCUCGCUGUUUGCCUUCGUCAAACUGUAUUCCAUUGUUUGUAGAGAGUUGAGCAUAGUUUGAAUUUUUUGUUAGAUGUGUUUUGGAGGAGGUUUGCCAAAAAGCCAAUAUCAGGUUAAGAGGGAAAACCAGCUAUAUGCCAUAAUGAAGAAAAUUGUCUUACUUUAUUGCAAUUAAACAUAAGACAUAAUCUCUAGUGAUUGAUAAGGUGAUGCUUUUAAAAAGCAAUGAUAUUGAAGGAAAAUUAUUCUGCCCCUGAAUAAUGGAGAGCAUUGUACAGUAUCAUUAAGUGCCAAUAUUUAGGAUUCAAUACAUUGAUUUUAGCAAGAGAAUGUCACAAGUCAUGUUAGUAUCAUCAGCUGCACCAUUUAUUCUGUUUUUCCUUGACAAACAUUGUAAAGGAUUGAUUUGUAUGAUUAGUUCAUUGUCAUGCAUUUUCAUUUUAACGAUAAAAACCAGUUAGAUUAUAAUUUUAAAAGAUAUAUGAAAUUAUUAUAUAAAGUAUAUUAUACACCCAUCUCUUGCCUUGUUUGUUACCUUAAACCUCAUGUGUGACAAAUCCUCAAUAUCUUAAGCAGCAGAUAUUAACUAAUAUCUAAAAAAAGAAGCUAGAUGUUGUUUUGAUCUUCCUGUUAUAUUUGUCUUUAGUUCAAUUCAAUAAAAUUGAGGAAACUAAUGGAUUACUAAGUGACCUCAAUUUGUGCACUGAUGAAAAAUUCUUAUUACCAACUUCCAAAAUGAGAAACAUUACAUGCUUUAUUUUAAGAGAUUCUGUGUCUUAUUUACUCUGUCUCAUUUUGUAACUACUUUUAUUUAACUUUUCAUUCUAAUAUUGUUUCCUGAUUUUUCAUUGUUUUUGAUAAAUGGAAUUGUUACUUUUGUAUACUUCCUAAGGUUUCUUUUAUCAGUUCCAAAUAAUUUCUCGUUCAACUCUUAAGACUAUCUCAUUGAUUGUAUCCUUGGAUGAUGUCUAUACAAUUUUUAACAGAAAUUUUACAUUAUAUGCCAUGUACAGAAUUGGUUCUAAACUGUUAAAAUUCUUGACAUUUUUUUCUUUGUACUGUGUUGACUUAAGAUACUGUGAAUUCACUAUUAUUCGUUUGAUACCAAUUUUCAUGGAUUCCGUGGGUGCAGGUGAACCAGGUGAACCACAAAUUUAAAUGUUCAAGGAAUUGCAAAUGUUCUAUAGGGUUGUAUGCACACUUUGGCAAAACCAUGAAAUCAAAUAUCCAUGAAAAUGCAAAUUUUCCUCAAUCCACGAAAAUUGGUACCCACGAAAAUAAAUGAAUCCACAGUAUAACAUUUCAGGGCUAAACAUGUUUGUACUUGUUACUUGAUAAAGGCAGCCUUUAAUCUUUAAUAAUGUCUGCCAUAAUCUUAUUGUGGUGUGAUCUGUUUUUUGAAAAUAUGUAGAUUGUCUUAUUAAUGUUAAUACAACUGUUUAAAAAAAACUAAUACUGAGGUAAUUCUAUGUAUCUACAGUUCUACUGAUGUUAAAUAUCAACUUCUAUAUAUUUUCUUAUUAAAGACUAUAAAUUUCAGAUAUUGAAAAUUUGCAUUUUUAGAAAAAUGAAAACAUGUUCACAUUUUUAUAUUCUGGACAUUAUAAACAAUCAUUGUAGUGUUUUGUCAGUAUUUUUGUUAGCUCAGCUUGCCUAAAUGACCUUUGUUAGAAGUGUUGCUUACUUGGUUUCAAAUCUGCACGAAAACUUUUGACACACAUCUCACAUGACUGCUAAAACGAAACAUUAUAAAAUGUCUUGAUCAGUACAGACACAAAAAGUCAUAGGAAACUAGAUGACUUCAGCCUUACAGUCAAUCUAGCCAACAUUAUUAUAAAUAGGAGCUUUUAGAGGCAAUUGAAAAUAUAAAUAAGGCAGAAUUGAAUUAGUUUUUUGCAGGAAUAUUGCAUGUAUGUUCGACUUAAAAUUUACAUCCAAUGACCAUUACUAGUAUCCAAAAUGAUUAGAUCUGUGAAAUUAUAUUAAUUUUAAAUGGGACCUUUUUUUUUUAGAUAGCACAGUCUACUGUGAAACAAUAGUCCAAGAAACCUGUAGAGUUUAACUACUACAGUCCUCUUGUACAGAGCAAAGCUAUUUAACUACAUUUUGGUAACAAACUUUUAUCUUAUACCAUCUUUACAUGGAUUAAAUUUCCAUUUACGUGCUGUUGGAGGUUUUCCAAACAAUAUUUUGGGCAGGACACAAGUAUCUUGCAUACAAUUUAUCUUUUUCUUCUCCAUGUACAUUUUCUUAUUUUAAAAAAAAAUACAAUAAAUUAUGUAACCAGAUUUGUAAUAAUCAUAAAAGAAUUGAAAAUCAUGUGAUAUCUGAAGAUAGGUCAUGAAUGGCGCUUAGCAAAGGUUUAAAAAUCAGAACUUUCGUAAAAAGACAUUUCUACAUUAUAAAACUAAGUGUACUUCUUUUCUUAUAUAUAGUACUUAUGUUUUAUAGUGAUGUUUUGAUAGUAUUUAUAUAGAAUAUAUGUAUUGAAACAUUUUUUAAAUAGAAUAAAUGAACAAAAAGAA